AUGAAACAAUUAAAGAGUAGCGGUAAUUUCACUGAGCAACUCCCUGCUGCUAGCAGUAAUAGUAGUAAUAUUACUAACAACAAUAACGAGAACGGUGGAGGUGGAUAUACAUCUAUUGAGGUAUCAAGGAACAAUACGACAUCAAAUGUGAAUCUCUUUGGUGGGAUGGAAGUCUUGAAAACACGUCAGAAAAGAAGAGGAACGAGUACUGUUGGCUCACACACACCUCACACAGAUUCAUUAAUUCCAUUGCCACCGAAAGAUCAAUUAUCACCUGUAGAAUCAUCCACAAAAGAGAAAACAUUUUUUAUGCGGUAUGAUAUGCAGGUUGGUAAUUUGCAAGAUGAUGUGGAGGACCCACAAGUAACACGAAUGCGAGAACGGCUGGAGAGAUUUUAUAAUGAAUACUGUCCUUCCAUGCUUUCAACUGUGGAAAAUAAUAUAAAAUCAUUCUUUGGUAGAGAGGAGGAACUUUUUGAGUUAUUAGUGGCAGAAUAUGGUCCAGAACCAGUAGUAUUACGACCUAGUGUACUUCCAAAAAAUGAUUUUGUAAAUCCAUUUACUCAAAGUGAGGCCGGUUCAGUCUUUGAUUUUAUACAAUCUGGUCCAAAACAGAGUUAUGUAGAGAAUCUUAAGAAUAAUAACAAUGAUAUAUUGGUGAAUACGGCAUCAUCACAGGAUUUUCCGCUUCCACAGACUUCUGUAAAAGAAUCAGAAAACUGCCAUGAAGAUUCGGUUCCUGCUGUUAGUUCUGGUUUUAGUUUUAUUGAAGCCAAUUCAAAGGGUGGAUCUGUUUUUGAGUUUGUUGCGGCGAAAUCUGAUAGAAAUGAAACAAUAAUUGAAAAUAUGAAACCGCCUGCUAUUACUACUACUACUACUACUAGUACUACUCGUGUACCUCAGGAACAUAAGGAAGAUGAAACUGAAGAAGAAGAAAAAGAAGAAGGAGAGAAUAUUUCAUUACCAUUACAGCGUAAUACAGAGUCAGCUUUCCUCGAAGCGAAUAACAAUAACGGCGAUAACAAGAGUAGGAGUGAGGACAGUACCAGUAACUUAAGCAAAAACGAAAGUAGUAGAAGAAUCAGUAUUAGCAGUAGCUACAAUAAUAAUGAAGAAAACUUAUGGGAUAGACAAAGACGUGAAAUUGGUGAAUUUCAGAGGGAUGUAUUACAGGCUAGAGCUAAACUUGCUCAUGUUUUAAGCCAAAUACGUAAUUCCAUUUUGGAGCGACGUGAUGCUAUUUCAAAAGUGAAAAGGAUUGAAGAAGAUAUUGAAAAAUGUGUAGCGCAAGAGGCUUUUGAUAAGGCGGAUAUUAUGAGUAAUGAGCUUGAGCAACUUACUUCUCAUAUUGUGGAAUUAGAUGCGGAACCUACACGUUUACUUGUGCUGUUUGCUCAAUUUAAAGAAGAACUAAAUUCUGCAGUGCGUCAUCUCGCCCAUUUACUGUUGCGGCACCGUGAGGAACUUAUUGCAUGCAAGGAUGAUGAAGAGAAACGUGUAAAGAAAUUUAUCAGUGAUAUGACGUUUAAUUUAGAGAAUCGCAGUGAUAAAGUAGCUGCGGCACUUGAGCGUGCUCAGCGUACGAAAAGUAACGCACUGCAGGAGACUGCAGAUCUUAGUGAACGUAAACGGAAGAUUGGGGAAAAGAUGCAGCGUCAGAGUAAAGAUAUACGGGCACAACAGGAGCAGCUAACGUGCGAUAUGGCAGAACUCAACGCGGAGAUUACCGCAUUGGAGGUAAAACUAACACAACUUAAGCAGACACAAGCUGAGAAGGCAGCAGCGUUAAAAGAAAUAUCAUCUAAUGUACAACGUAUAACAGAAGAACGUGAAGCUCUUGAGAAUGAAGUGGAUGCACUUAUUAAAGAAGAAGAAUCUCGUGCGAAUGCUGCUGCAGAUGAUAUAGUAAAUCUACAAGAAAGAAAUGAGGCACUAGAGCGUGAAAAGAAAGAGUUUGAGGCAAAGAAGGAUUUCUUACUAAUGGAAUUGCAGAGUGGUGUUGCUAAAAUUGAUGGAUAUAAUGAUCGUCGAGUCUCACUAGAAACAAACACAAUUGAUACGCUGCAGCGCUGCAGUAAAGCAUUGGAAGUGAUGCUGCAGACACGUGCGGCGGGUUGUGGAAUACUCUACACAGCUGUACCAUCCCUGCGAAGUACGGCAACAUGUGCGGAGGAGUAUCCACUCGCGCAGGUACAUCGUCUGCAGAAACAACUGCGUACCCUUAAUGCGGAUGAUGAGCGAAAUACAGAGCUUAUUACUUCAUUAAAUGUACAAAUAACGGAGAUACGAAAUGGUAUUCCUCUUCUAGAAGACGCUAAGAAAUCGGCUGUGCAGGCGAAACGAUUUAAGGAAGCACAACUUAAAGCAGAAGAACUCCGUGCACUGACAGUAUCUAUUGAAGAGCUUACCGCUACUAAAGAGUCUACAGAAGAAUUGCUACGCACAAAUGCGUCUAAACGAACGGAAUUACGAAAAGAGUUGGCCUAUGAACAGUCAAAGGCGUCUAAAAGUGUGAAGGUAUUUCUUGAUCGUUAUCGCAAUGUACUUUCAGCAGCAAUGGAGGCAACAGCUACACCGCCAAACGUGCUACAGAUUGAAGUAGAUGAACAACAUGAAAGUGAUGAGCUUGCAGAAGCCAUGGGUGAACUAGUGGAGACACUGCAGGAAGAAUGGCUUAGUGUGCCUAAGAUAAACAAUGAGGAUGGAGAUGAGGAUGCCGUUAAUAUCGUGGAUAGCAAUAGUAAUAGUGGCGAUGGUUGUAGUACCCAUAAUGGCGCUAAUAAUGAUGCCACAGGAACAAUAGUUAACGCAAAUACUUCGCCCACUGAUUUUACUACUGUUGGUUCAACAAGGGAGGAAAUAGAAGAGAAACUUUUGAUGUUGCAAAAAAGACAGAAUGAGGCGCUUGAAAUUGAAGAUUAUGAAACUUGUGAUCGACUUCAAGAACAGAUCGAAGUAUUUGCGAAGCUGCUUGGCCCACAAGUGAGUAUUAGUUAG